GGGGCUGGAAUUCCGCGGCUGGUGUUACGGCGUUCUGAGUUCUGUGACUCCGCCACCCCGUGGGGAGCCGAGUUUCUGCGAGUCCCGGCCCCUCCGGCCUGUGCCGCCCCGUGCCCGACCCCGCGCCAGAAGGUGGAUAAGGAAGGAAACCCGGCUCCGUUUUAGCGUUUUGGAGAAGGUCUGUGCUCGGCCACGAGGAUCCUUGGUCAUUAUUAGUGAUUUGUCUUCAGGCAAUCAUACCAGUUAUUCUAGAAAGACACUAUCCAGUCUACUGUGAAAUGCUCAGUUUCCUACCAGUGAACCCUCUAUAACCGGAACUUUCUAGCACUGGGAGAAAAGAUGUGAUGAAAGCCAGAGAGCAUUCGAGAAACAGCGUGGGACAAAAGCAGUGCACACAGAUAUGGAAUCGUCAUGCCUCACCGAUGAACACUCAGCUGCCUGUGUUGGCACUCGAUGUUUCUCACCGUGUACCUCAGCAACAACGAGCAGCACUUCACAGAGGUGCCCGUCACCCCGGAAACGAUAUGCAGAGACGUGGUGGACCUGUGCAAGGAGCCCGGCGAGAGCGAGUGCCACCUGGCCGAAGUGUGGUGCGGCUCAGAACGCCCGGUCGCAGACAACGAGCGGAUGUUCGACGUCCUGCAGAGGUUCGGGAGUCAGAGGAAUGAAGUGCGCUUCUUCCUCCGUCACGAACACCCCCCCGGCAGGGACGUCGUGAGUGGACCGAGGUCUCAGGAUCCAGCUUUGAAAAGAAAUGGAGUGAAAGCCCCUGGUGACCACCGAAGGAAGGAGAACGGCGUCAACAGUCCCAGGAUGGACUUGACUCUUGCCGAACUCCAGGAAAUGGCGUCUCGCCAGCAGCAGCAGAUCGAGGUGCAGCAGCAGAUGCUGGCUACGAAGGAACAGCGCUUAAAGUUUUUGAAACAGCAGGAUCAGCGGCAGCAGCAGCAGGCUGCCGAGCAGGAGAAGCUAAAGAGGCUGAAAGAGAUAGCGGAGAACCAGGAAGCUAAGCUCAGGAAGGUGAGGGCGCUCAGAGGCCACGUGGAGCAGAAGAGACUGAGCAACGGCAAACUCGUGGAGGAAAUUGAACAGAUGAAUAGUCUGUUCCAGCAGAAGCAGAGGGAGCUGGUCCUGGCCAUGUCGAAAGUGGAGGAACUUACAAGGCAGCUCGAGAUGCUCAAGAACGGCCGGAUUGAUGGCCACCAUGACACCCAGUCGGCGGUGGCUGAGCUUGACCGGCUGUACAAGGAACUGCAGCUGCGAAACCAGCUGAACCAGGAGCAGAACGCCAAGCUGCAACAGCAGAGGGAGUGUUUGAAUAAGCGCAAUUCAGAGGUGGCCGUUAUGGAUAAGCGUGUGAACGAGCUGAGGGACCGGCUGUGGAAGAAGAAGGCGGCGCUCCAGCAGAAAGAAAACCUUCCAGUGUCACCGGAUGGGAACCUGCCCCAGCAAGGCGUGUCGGCACCCAGCCGCGUGGCUGCCGUUGGCCCCUACAUCCAGUCAUCCACCAUGCCCCGGAUGCCCCCCCGGCCCGAGCUGCUGGUGAAGCCGGCUCUGCCCGACGGCCUCUUGGCCGUGCAGCCCUCCGAGGGGCCCAUGAAAGUCCACACGCUGCCCAACAUGCGAUCCGGGGCGGCCUCGCAAGCUAAAGGCUCCAAAGUCCAUUCACUGGGCCCUGACUGGAGUCCGAAUGCAGAUCUGUUCCCGAGCCAGGCCUCUGCCUCUGCCCCGAAAAGCUCCGGGAGUGCUCCAGAACAAGCCGAUGACGGGGAGGUGCUGCUGAGGGAGAAGGAGAAGAAAGUGCGUCCCUUCUCCAUGUUCGACACGGUCGACCAGCCCGCCGCGCCACCCUCCUUUGGGUCUCUGAGGAAGAACCAGAGCAGUGAAGACAUCUUGCGCGAUGCUCAGGCUGUGAAUAAAAAUGUGAAAGUACCGCCUCCCGUCCCAUCGAAACCCAAACAGAUCAGUCUGCCGCACUUUGGACGGACGAGUCCGUCCCCGAUGGACAGCAGGCCCGACGGGGAUCCUCAGCCGCCGUCAGCAGCCGUCCCGUCCAUGGGACAUAAACCCAAAGCAGCAGGGCAGCAGCAGAGGGUCCUGCUGGCCCCCGGCGCACCGCUGGGGGGUCAAGACCAAGCCCUCAUUCCAGGCUCCAAGCAAGAGAGCCCACCAGCCGCGGCUGUCCGGCCGUUCACACCACAGCCUUCCAAAGACGCCCUCCUUCCCCCCUUCCGGAAGCCCCAGAUGGUGGCGGCCAGCUCCAUAUACUCCAUGUACACCCAGCACGCGGCUCCCGGGAAGAACUUCCAGCAGGCGGUGCAGAGCGCGCUGACCAAGUCGCACCCCCGAGGGCCGCCCUUCCCGAGCGUCUACGGCAAGCCUGUCCUCGCUGGCGCCCAGAGCCAGCAGCAGCCGCACCCCGAGCACGUCUACUCCGGGACCCAGGGCAAACCCGGCGGUCCGGAGCCCGAGGCCGAGCCCGCGCCUUCGGUUCAGGAGAGCCAUGAGAACGAGAGAAUCCCGAGACCCCUCAGCCCGACCAAGCUGCUGCCUUUCUUAUCGAAUCCGUACCGAAACCAGAGUGAUGCCGACUUGGAAGCGCUGCGAAAGAAACUGUCCAACGCACCAAGGCCCCUGAAGAAGCGGAGCUCCAUCACAGAGCCCGAGGGUCCUAAUGGGCCAAACAUCCAGAAGCUGCUGUAUCAGAGGACCACCCUCGCUGCCAUGGAGACCAUCUCCGGGCCGUCGUCGUACCCAUCCAAGCCGGCCUCGGCGACUGCCGGCCCCGAGAGCCCAGCAGAGAUCCCGAACCCGUAUCUACACGCGGAGCCGGAGAAGGAGGUGGUCUCUCUGGCCCCUGAAGCGCUGUCCCCACAGGAAGCUGGGGACGCCGGUACAGAGAGCAGUGACAUGCCCGCUCCUCCGGGCCUUGACUACGUGCCCGAAGGAGUCCCAGACACCAGCCCAGGUUUCCAGAACAGUGUGGAGGAACCAAAUCCAGAGGCUCCCCACCUGCUGGAAGUGUACCUGGAGGAGUACCCCCCCUACCCGCCGCCGCCCUACCCGUCGGGGGAGCCAGAGGGGCCCGGGGAAGACUCGGGAAGCAUGCGCCCGCCCGAAAUCACCGGGCAGGUGGCCCUGCCUCCGGGCAAAAGGACAAACUUACGUAAAACUGGUUCCGAGCGAAUUGCUCACGGAAUGAGGGUGAAAUUCAACCCUCUCGCUUUACUUCUGGAUUCAUCUUUGGAGGGAGAAUUUGACCUUGUACAGAGGAUUAUUUAUGAGGUGGAGGACCCGAGCCUGCCCAAUGACGAAGGCAUCACGGCCCUGCACAACGCCGUGUGUGCCGGGCACACGGAGGUCGUGAAGUUCCUGGUGCAGUUCGGGGUGAACGUCAACGCCGCCGACAGCGACGGCUGGACCCCGCUGCACUGCGCCGCGUCUUGCAACAACGUGCAGGUGUGCAAGUUCCUGGUGGAGUCGGGGGCCGCCGUGUUCGCCAUGACCUACAGUGACCUGCAGACCGCCGCGGACAAGUGCGAGGAGAUGGAGGAGGGCUACACCCAGUGCUCUCAGUUUCUGUACGGGGUUCAGGAGAAGAUGGGCAUCAUGAACAAAGGAGUCAUCUACGCCCUUUGGGACUACGAGCCGCAGAACGACGAUGAGCUGCCCUUGAAGGAGGGAGACUGCAUGACGGUCAUCCGCAGGGAGGACGAGGACGAGGUGGAGUGGUGGUGGGCGCGCCUGGACGAGAAGGAGGGCUACGUCCCGCGCAACCUGCUGGGGCUCUACCCGAGAAUUAAACCGAGACAAAGGAGCUUGGCCUGACACAUUAUAGAACUGCAGCCAGUGAAGAAUUAAUCUCUGUUAUCACUAAGAAGUAGUAGGAUUGUCUGGGGCACAAACUUCCCAAGACUUAUUUUAACGACCGUGCUCUGGAAGGAAAUGAAGGACUGAAGAGGUCGCUGGUAGUAGGGGACGUCUGGCCCCGAGAAGUGGAGCUUGUGGCCAAGCCGGCCUUCCCGCGCCGGGGCAGCUGCCCCGGGGCACACGCGAGGUCCUCGGCUCCAGUCUGUUUUCCGCAGGAAACGGGGCCACUCAUUGCACAACGGGGAAGUCAGCUUCGUGUCCUGUUGGAAGGGACCAGUGCCAUCGUGGCGCCGCCCCGAUCGUGCCCAGCACCAGCUGGCCGCAUACUUCGGGUCCUCGGUGCAGGGCGGUCAGGUGGCAGCCAGUGAGCAAUAAACUUACUGUAUGAGUUCUUGUAGCAUUUGCAGAAUGAUGCCUAUUUUGAAAUAUUGAAACGAAGCUACACUACAGAUAAAUUAGUUUGAGAAUCUCGUUUUUAGGCUGAAUUUGAAUAUUUAUUGCCUUUUGUAUCUUGGAAAUUAGCCACUUGGUAUAAACUUACCCAUACUAUUUGUCAAGAUCAUAGCUGACCUUAAAAACAAUUGUAAUGAAAUUAAACUUUUGGACUGUAAGCUUUUCUCUG